AUGUUGCAGGUCGAGAAGCAAUGGAUUAAUGUGCAGCAGAAGACAUUCACCAAAUGGCUCAAUGACAAGAUCAAGGUUCGAAAUGUCUUAAUCGAUGAUCUCGUGGUCGACCUCUCCGAUGGUGUCAUCCUCAUCCACCUCCUGGAAAUCCUCGGUGCAGAGUCCCUAGGUCGAUAUGCCUCGAGACCCAAGCUCCGCGUGCAGAAAUUCGAAAAUGUCAACAAGAGUCUUGAUUUCGUCAAGGGGAGGGGGAUCCAGAUGACCAACAUUGGAGCGGAGGAUGUGGUUGAUGGAAACAGAAAGAUUAUCCUGGGUCUGAUUUGGACGCUCAUUUUACGGUUCACCAUCAGCGAUAUUAACGAGGAGGGUAUGACCGCCAAGGAAGGUCUGUUGCUGUGGUGUCAGAGAAAGACAGCUUGCUACGACGGUGUCGAGGUCCGCGAUUUCUCUACCAGCUGGAAUGAUGGCCUGGCGUUCUGUGCUCUUCUCGAUAUCCAUCGUCCCGACCUGAUCGACUACGAUGCUCUCGACAAGAGCGACCACCGCGGAAACAUGAAACGUGCGUUCGAUAUUGCGGCCAACGAAAUUGGUAUCCCCGAUUUGCUCGAUGUCGAUGAUGUUUGUGACGUUGCGAGACCCGAUGAGCGUUCGCUGAUGACCUACAUCGCCUACUGGUUCCAUGCCUUUUCUCAACUGGAGAGAGUGGAGAAUGCCGGUCGUCGUGUGGAGAAGUUUGUCAACAACAUGCACGGAGCGUGGGAGAUGCAGAACUCGUACGAACGACGAAUGAAGGAACUCAUCCGCACGAUCCGAGGGCAACGUGAUGGGUGGAAGAACUCUUCCUUUGAAGGAACAUACAAAGACGCCAAGGAGCAGGCCCGCCAAUUCUCGCUUUACAAGAGAAACCACAAGCGUCAAUGGGUUGCGGAAAAAUCGGACUUGGCUGCUCUCCUGGGCAACAUUAAAACCAAGCUCAGUACCUACCGGCUGCGUGCCUACGAACCCCCACCGGAGCUUACUCCAGAUGCCUGCGACCAGGAGUGGGAGUUACUGACAAAGGAUGAGCAUGAACGUAGUCAACUCAUCAACGAAACCAUCCGAGAUAUCAAGAACGCCCUGCGUCGCUCCUUUGCGGACAAAGCCAAUGACUUCGCCCUUACCCUGAAAACCCUCUCCCUUGCUAUUUCCGGUCUCGACGGUGAUGUAGAAGACCAAUUAGCUCAUGUUCGGAGACUCAACGACAACCUCCCUCCCCUUGAUGCCUUCUUAGAUACCAUUGCCGCAAUAGAUGAGCAGUGCGCGGAAGCCAACAUUGAAGAAAACGACUACACCACAUACACCCUAGACGAACUUUCGUACGAGCUGAGCCUGGUCAAAUCCAGCAUUUCCAAGAAACUGGCGUUCUUGGACAAUCAGCUUGUGGCCCGGAACAUGACGAACCUCACACCGAUUCAGCUGGAGGAAUUCGAAUCUGUAUUCCGGCACUUUGAUCGUGACUCAUCCAACACACUGCAAGAACUGGAAUUCUCUGCUGCGUUGGCGAGUUUGGGUCUUGUAUACGAUGAGGACGAGAUGCACGAUGUCUACGUUGAGACGUGUGGCCCUGCUCGGCUUCAACAGAAUGCUGGUGUCAGUUUCGAGCAGUUUAUUCGGUUUAUGGUCAGUGUCACGGAGGAUCAGAAUACGGCAGAGCAGGUUUUCCAGAGUUUCAAGGAGGUUGCAGAUGGAAAGCCCUAUGUCACAGAAAUCGACCUUCGACACUCCCUUAUUCCGGACGAAGUUAUCGAGCACCUUGUUCAAACAAUGCCGCAGCAUGAUGGCCCCGAUCUUAUGGAAGACAGAGAUCUUCCGAAGUACGACUACAUCAGCUUCAUGGAGAAGUUAAUGGAAGCCAACAACAACAACAACAACAACGACGACGACGACGGCAUAAGCGAGGUGUCCGCCAAUGGAGAUUAA